UGUCCAGUAUCUACCGUUUGAUGAUUCUUCAUCGAACCAGGCAAUCAGCAUAGUCAAGCACAGAGAGAAUCUUAGCAGUCGACCAUCGUAGUGAAGCAACGAGCCUGUCAAAACAAACGGAACGCAAUAGCUGGAAAGAGCUCAUUAGAGUACCGACAAUAUGCCUCGAGGGUGGCUCAACAUCGAAGCUCCUGGAGAUACGAUCUUCGGCGGCCAAAAAGCAGCUUUUGAGGAUAUCUGCGGUUUCAAAUUGGGGUACAAGAUGAGGCUUUACGGGUUUGCCGCCUGUUUCGUCGCAGGGCUGAUCUUCAGUAUCUUGGGGGCCGUCCACCUCUUCAUCGGAUUCUACGUGGUUUUCGCUAUCCUUUUCACCAUCGGGAUCAUCAUCAACAUCAUCGGGACCGGGUUCUUGAUUGGACCGAAGAACCAGAUGACAAGCAUGUUCAAGCCCGUCCGAGUGGUAGCUACCGUAAUACUAGUAGUCGCCAUCGCUUUCACCUUCAUCUCGGCGUUCGUCAUCAAGUCGGCCAUCGUCUGCUUGAUCAUGGUCAUCAUCGAAUACCUCGCGUAUCUCUGGUACGCAUUGAGUUAUAUUCCCUACGCAAGAGAUCUCGUCUGGAACCUGUUACCGAAAGCGCUUCGCUGGGACUGAUCUCAAGGGUUCAGCUGGGCUGAACGAUGUGAUUAUUCCUGGCGGGACGAAUGGUUAUACCAUAGAUGUUUUUUUUCGAAUGAAUCGCAUAUGCAGGACAGAGCAGUAGUGCGUGCCACUUCGGUACCCCACUACAAUAGGAAAUUUCG